AUGCAUCUUAAAUUCAUUCUACUUAUUACUUUCCUCAUAACAUGCAUAACAACUUUGAAUGCUCUCAAUACGACAAUAACAGCGCCGAUAGUAGCAGCAGCGGCAGCAAAACCCAUUUCUCCAAUUGUUGCCUGUACAAAACAAUCUCAAUGUGCAAAAACACAUUUUUGCAAAAUUAAACAACAAGUUUGUGUACUCAAAUAUCCAUUACACCAUUCAUGCGAAAAAAAUAAACAAUGUGCAAGCGAUAAAUGUCAUAAGAAUAUAUGUCGUCAAGGAUGUAAGGAAAACAAGCACUGCUCAAUAACCAAAGAAUAUUGUACAAUAAGCAAUUAUUGUGAAUCAAAACAUUGUGGUACAUGUACUCGCAAUGUUGAAUGUGCCAAUGGUUAUUGCAAAUUAUUUCGUUGCGAAGAAAAUGCUUGUAGUAAUUCAUUAAAGGCUAUUAAAUUGUUAUAG